AUGAAGGACGAAGCAGCACUACCCACCACCGAACCCACGCGCUCCACGCAGGUCCCCGAAUGGGAGCCUGCAGCACAGGCGCAUGGCGGAAGCACCAAGCCCUCGCUGGGUGAGGCGUUACGCCAGAAGUUCGACGCCGCAUGUCCGCCGCAUCGCAAGUACUUGGGGCUCACGCGCCGCAUGUUCCUACUCGUCCUGCUGGGCGUCAUCCUCGCGAUAAUCGCAUUGGCCGUGGGAUUGGGCGUAGGCCUGUCGAAGAAGAGCAGCGGAAGCGAGAACCUGCCCCUUCCUGAUAAUUCCGAAGCGCAUUCCGGCGAUCUCACAUUCUACAACCCCGGCCUCGGCGCCUGCGGCGAGACGUCCACGGACGACGACGAUAUCGUGUCGCUGUCGUACAAGAUCUGGGAUGAGGUGCAGACCGGCUCGGAUCCGAACCAGGUGGUGCUGUGCGGGAUGAAGAUUAGGGCGCGAAGGUUCAAUGAGGAUGUCAAUGCGGAGCGCAGCGUGGACCUGACGGUCGUGGACAGAUGUACUGGCUGCGAACCCACUGAUCUUGAUGUCAGUCCUGGCGCAUUCGAGAAACUGGCGCCAAUUGCCAGCGGUAGAGUGACAGUCACCUGGGCGUGGCUAGAUGCUGCGCCGACGGCCAAGUAG